AUGAAAGCUCAAAAGCGCAAAGUUCUUUUGAUUCUUGACAAUUUCUCUGAUCAUAUAGUUGAUUAUACAUCUACAAACGUCGAGCUUCUUUUUUUGCCACCAAACACCACUUCCCACCUUCAGCCAUUGAAUAGUGGUAUUAUUCAGGCAUUCAAGGCUUAUUUCAAGUGUAAGCAGUAUGGCAAGGCAUAUCAAUACAUUGGCAUGAUUCAAAAUGGCAAUCAAGAUAAAAUCGGGCCAAUUGAUAAAAUCUUUGAAAUCGAUCAAUUGUGGGCCAUGAAAUGGAUAAGAGAGGCUUGGGAAUCUAUCUCGGCAAAGACUAUUGAGAACUGCUGGAAUGCAACAAUCUUUCACUUUAUUGAAGACGAAGAUAGUGAAGAUGUAAACCAGGCUAUGAUUCAGCAAAGUCUGGCUGAAAAGGUUCUCAUCGAGGGAUUACAAGAAACCCUGGACAAGAUUGCUGGAUCAGGUCUUCUGUCUCUGGAAGAUUGCCCAACAAAUGAGUCUGAUCCACUCUAUGAGAGACAAUGCACUCAUAGAGUGGUCAAUGAAAAUGAGAUUGCAGAUAUUGUGAUGGAAGAAUAUGACGCCAACAAAAAUGCAGCCAACAACAGCUGUUGUGAUGUCCCAAUGAACGAUGAAGAAACUGCUGAAGUGGAACCAGCAGUUUCUUUUAAGAGAACUUAUUCUGCUUCGGAAAAGUUUGAAUAUGUUUGUACACUUUUGGAUAUCUUGGAAGACGAAGAUAUUGACAGAGACUUGGUCAGUAAGGUUGAAGGCCUUCGAAACAAGUUCCAGAAAACUGCAAACUCAAAGCAAACUAAAGUCACCAGCUUCUUCAAGUCUUUUUAA